UCAGUGACAAUUAGAAAAAAAAAAAAUAGAAAAAAACAUUCAUAUGAAUUAUUUUCAUUUAAUUUGAAAUUAAAAUGAAUUCAAUUUAUCGAAAGACAAAAUUCAGCUGAUAUACAAUUGACUGAAAACAUUAAAGCUCAAUUAUUUCACAAAUAAUUGAAUUUAUCGUUGAAAAUCAAUAAUCGAAUUCAAAAAUUGAAAAAAAAAAACCGAAUUAGCUAUGUCGGUAAAAAAGGACAUCUAUGUUACUAACCUCGAGUAAGAGAUUAAUUAUCUUACAAAAAUAUUGAUAAUGUAUUAAUUAUUUAAUGACAGGUUAUAAUAAACAAUUAAAUAAAUAGCGAGAUUUUUGUUUAAAUAAGAAAAAAAAGUUAUCAAUAAAUCAUGAAACUCAGUCGAUAAUAUAGCGAAAAUUAACAAAUGGCGGCCAUUGAGGUGUGUACACACUUGAUUCACGCACAAUAGUUUCAGGUGUGCUCCAAACUCGUUUGGAAGUCAAUACAUAAAAUGUGCAGUGUGUGUAGAAUAAAAGUGUUUUAUAAAUAUAAUUAAUCAAUUAUUUAUACACAAUAUCAAUUUUGUUUACUUAAUAAAUAUUUAAUGAUAUCAAUAAUUAUCAUUUACCAUUUAAAUUAAUGUCAAAAAAUUAUACAAAGUAACAAACAUGUCUUUUAGACAGUAAGAAAUGUGAUGAUGAAAAGAUGGUACUGUACUUGGUGAAAACAUCAGCAAGUUAAAAAAAAAUGGGAAAUCACUCCUCUGCCCCCCAUCAACCACUAGAGAGAGCCACAAGUUUUGGUGGCAAUGGCCUUCGACAUUCGAAACGUGAACGAUCACCAGGAAAGCGAAUGGAUCGAUUGAGAAGAAGCUUUCGAGACAGUUUUAGGCGACGAAAAGAGCCACAUGUACCAGAAUCAAGUAAACCUCAUCAAUGGCAAGCUGAUGAAAGUGCAGUUCGAUCAGCAACUUGUGCCUUUCAUGUUAAAUAUCUUGGUUGUGUUGAAGUUUUUGAGUCAAGAGGGAUGCAAGUUUGUGAAGAAGCACUUAAAGUACUUAGGAAUUCAAGAAGAAGACCAGUUCGAGCGAUACUUCAUGUCUCGGGCGACGGUUUAAGAGUUGUUGAAGAUGAGACUAAAGGGUUGAUAGUUGAUCAGACUAUUGAGAAAGUCUCCUUUUGUGCACCUGAUCGUAAUCAUGAGAAAGGCUUUAGUUAUAUUUGUAGAGAUGGUACCACACGUCGGUGGAUGUGUCAUGGAUUUUUAGCAUUAAGAGAACCGGGAGAAAGAUUGAGUCAUGCUGUGGGAUAUGCAUUCGCUGUAUGUUUAGAGCGAAAGCAACGUAGAGACAAGGAGUGUGAAGUAACAAUGACGUUUGAUUCAAAAACGUCAACGUUUACUAGGAGUGGGAGCUUUAGGCAGCCAAGCUUAACGGAAAAAUUACAGGAUACGCCCAGACAAGAGCGUGCCAUAGACGUACCAGCCCCUCCGAUAGUGAAACAAGUUUACAACCCAUUUGCUAUUGAGAGGCCUCAUGCGACUCCUUCAAUGUUGGAGCGCCAAGGUUCAUUUAGAGGCUUCAAUCAAUUAAAUCAAGCUUCUCCUUUCAAACGUCAGCUUAGUUUGCGAAUUAAUGAUCUUCCUAGCAAUUUGGAGCGCACACGAAGUCAUAGUUUAGAACCAACUGACUUUUCUAGAUUACCUUCAGCAUUAUCACAAAUGAUACCACCAAAACCAGCUGUUAGUCCUAUUCCUGAAUUGCCAUUAAUCAGUAGCAGUGGACAAGAUAGUGUUUCUGCUAUGUGUCAACAACUCUCUCGAGGAUUGUCUCUUCUCUCUAACAGUGAUGAUUUCAUUGGUUCUCUAACAACUAAACCUACGAGUGUCAAUACAUCUGCUACCAAACAACUCUUUUCUAGUACCACUCAAAUUCAAGCAAUAACAAGCAAUCACUCAACGGAUAAUGUACAUCUGCAGAAUGGAUCAAGCAAUGAAAACAGCAUAAACAAUAACAGUAAUAGCAAUAAUAAAAAUAAUGAUUCUAGUAGCAGCAGUAAUAUAAUUAUUAACAACAACAACAAUCAUAAUAAUAUACACAAUAAUAAUAUCAAUACUAAUAAUAAUAGCAGUGUUAAUGGUAUUAAUAAUAAUGAUGAUGGUGGUAAUUUAGAUUCAAGUAUAAAUUCAGCUAAAAUAAAGCUUUGGGAAGGAUGGACUGGAUUAAUUAAUGACUAUAAACUGCCACCAUUGAGUCCAUUUUUAAAUAAAUCCACUAUUUCGGACAAAAGUAAUACACCAAGUGACGUAACAUCAACUAAAUCAUUUAAUCAAACGUCUAAUUCUAUUACUAACUCAAGCCUUAUCACCGAUACACCCUCAUCAUCAUCAACUUUAGUCGUUAGUGGUUGCCUUACAACAACUAUGACGACCACGAUGACUAUUACUGCUACAACCACCACUACUACGAAUCAAAUAAUUCCUGUUUCUUUAGCGACAAGUCAGGAAAAGGUCGGAGUUGCUGAUAAUGUUGAGGAUAAACCGGAAUCAAUUUCAACAACAGUAAAUAAUGUGAUAAAUUUACCUAAACCUGAACAAUGGCUUGGAAGUGUAACAGGAUUAGUGGCAGCACAGUCACCAACACCAUCAUCAGGGCCACUUACUCUUCAACAAAUUUCACCUCGACGUGCCCCUAUGCUGCAUACCAGAGCACACUCACUUGGUUCCAUGAUGAUUCCACCAACUACCAAUCGAAACAUUAUCUCCACAGAUCCAUUUGAUGCCGAAUGGGCUGAAAUUGCGGCUAGAAAUUUACAACAAUCUGGAAAUGCUACAAAUCCUUUCGUGGUACCGAAUGCAAAUUCGACUUUUCAAGUGCAAUUAUAGGGGCGAGGUUUGAAUGUUAUUACUUAUUGAAGGUUAAGGAAUUGUUAAAGAAAAAAAAAAAA